AUUGUACUUAAUUAUAUUCCCAGGGAUGCAAGUUUCACGAUGUGCACAUGACGUAACGAAUCUUCUGGUAUACGCUUAGUAGCCAUUUUGUUUUCGACGGAACGGCUGAUCAAGGUAUCCAACUGUCCGUUCACCCUGGUCAGUGAGUUGAGCUCUUCGCCAUGGAUUCAAAACGGCAUGAAUGCAGCGCCAGGUCGCAAACAGAAUCACCACCUACACCGCCUUCACCUCCCCUGUAUAGUUCAAGUUACCCAACGCAUGACAACUACAAAAGCAGAACAACGCGUCGUUCGCCUUCGCCUACCGACUACAGGGGCAGUAAAUCUUCCCGGAAUGAAUCACCACCGGAUAGACGAAGACGUAAGAGGAGUACGUCAAGAACUUCUCCAAUCCGAUCUCACAGACGGUCUCGUUCAAGUGACAGAGACAAAGAUCGAGAUAGAGACAGGGAAAGGUCACGAAAAUAUUCACGAAGAGAUAGAUCAAGAUCCAGAUCGAGGGGAAGAUCUCGUUCAAGAGACAGAAGACGUAGUCGUAGCAGAAAUAGAAGUAGAGACAGGCAUAGAUAUAGAGAAAGUCGUAGGCAUCAUAGAGCGCCGUCCUAUGAAUCAGAUGCUUUUGAAGAUCACUCUGAUACGGUUGUAGCACAACAACAACCUCCUCCGCAACCAAAUGCUUUUAAAAAUGAUGGAAGUUUUAUGGAAAUGUUUAAAAAAAUGCAAGAACAAAUGCAACCUACGCAACAACCAACAACUUCUGUUCUCGAAGAGAAACCUGUAAUACCGCCACCUCUAAUGGUUGGUAAAAGGCGAGGUGGAAGAAUUCUUAAAACUGGAAUGGUCGCGAAGCCAAAGACUGAGCCAACCGCAGAACAACCUAAGGAUGCAUGGUCGCUUUAUAUGGCAGAAGUGAAAAAAUAUCGUGAAGUUUGUUGUCAGGAAGAGGAUAAUACCAGACCGCUGGUCAAAUAAUUUAUUUUCUUUCUUCUUCUUUGUCGUCUCAUUAUUCCUGUAACAAAUGUGCUGUGAACGGACAUUAGUUCUUCUUUUAACUUUACUUUUAUUUUUUUUUUUUUUUUAUGAUCGUGUCAUUAAGUGACAAUACCGAACAGUAGUCUAAUCUACUCGCACUUGAAUAAUUUCAAUAUAAAUAUAUGUAUAAUUUUUAAGGGUACGAGAUGUCAUUUUUAAAAGGAAAUUAAGUUUUAAUUAAAUCUAUGUUUAAUAUACAUGUAUGUCUAAUGUAUGGUAAUUUGAAACUGUAUAUGAACGCUUUUGUAGAGAAAGCUUAUUAUUUACAUGGUUUCUUUAUGCCUGAAAGAGAGAAAGAGACUAUGCAUAUAAAGAAAAAUAAUAAAAGAAAUGAAGGAAAUUGUGAUAGUGAUUAGGUGAGGCAAGAGACAUAUGGCCUAGAGCGAGGGAUUGUAUACAUAAGCUAAGCUAAUGUAGCAAAGGGUUGAAAAGGGUGACACAUGUAAUAUUUAAAUGAA